AUGUUCAAUCAGACAUCUACAAAUGCAAAAAAACCUAAUGGCUCAGAUUCAAGUAUAAAGGUUGCUAAUCAUUCUAACCAGAGACAAAUGUCAGCCAAUCACGCAAGUUUGACUAUAGGUGGAUCCAGAAACCCAAUUAAUCAACGACGAUCAAUGCUGACUAAAAACAUUGGGAGUACUUUAAUUGUAAGUCGACGGAAUAACCAUUACUUGGACAUGAAAGAGGAAGACUCUAAAGAAAAUCUCACCAAAAUUAUAAGCAACAAUCAAAAUGAAGAGGAUACAGAAGUUUCAGUCAAAGUAUCGGUUUGGUUUCAUGAAUUACGCGAUUUUACCGAAGAUAUAAUAAUAGAUGAGAAUGUAAUACCAACAGGGGUACAAGCAGGACAAGUUUUUGAACUUCAAUCUUUGGAUGAAGGUUCAAGCAAAAAAUUUGUAUUUACUGUUCAAAAGAGAAAUCUACGGUCAGCAACUAAUGAUACCGAUUACACAGAGGCACUGAAACCAAAACUACAAAUCUCUUUAAUGGCCAAUCCAUUUCAGAGACUUCUUGAUUUAGCACCACGUAGCCAGGUUCAAUUGAAAAGAUUAGUCAAGUUAGAGUCAGUUACAGUUGAUUCUGUUGAAAUAUUCAUCAAAGAUGUAAACUUAUCUCGAGAUGCAAUGUGGAACUUUUCAGCCUCAAUGAUAGGGAAUUGUGUAUAUAUUGACCAAAGAUUAUUGUAUCUAGGUAGCAGGGUCGGAGUUACCAAACACAUUUACAAAAAUGGGAAAAAUGUCACCUCAGGAUAUGUUGACAAAAAUACCAAAAUCAUUUAUCGAUCUGAAAGUGCCAAAAUUACUUUGUUUGUCCAACUAUCAAGGGAAAUGUGGCAUUUUGAAGAAGAUGGAGAAAUCAUGUUUCACAAAUUGAUCAAUAAUUUAUUCCCCAAAAUUUUCCGUCGUUGGAGAGAAACGAACACCCACCAUUCGAUCACUAUUGUUUUGUUUACAAGUAUUGACCUCACAGAUAUACCGUGGACUAAUUUAGGACCAGGACAGAGACCACCUCAGCGCCGAGACUUUUUUAGAGUGGUUGUCGAUCAAGUUAAUAGCAUGCAUUGGGAUCGAAUAAUGGAGGACUUGCGAUUAGAAUUUGCUAAUUUCAAAAGAGAUACAAUGCUUAAUCUCGAUGACGAUGGGAAAUUUAUAAUUGAAAAUGGAACUUUACCUGCAAUAAAGGGAAAUUUACUCGAAGCAGUUAAUUUAGGUUUAACAUCAUUGAACAACAGGUUCCAAAAUACAGACCUUAAACAUUCAAUAUCCCACAUAAUGGUUAUAACCCCUGGUACAGGAUUAUUUGAUGUUGAACAUGACUUACUAUUGGAAACAAGUAAAAAAAUGUCUAGUGUUGAUUCAAGUUUGGAUAUAAUAUGUUUGAGCCAACCACCCUUGCAUGUGACUCCAUUAUUCAGAUACAUUAAAGAAGGGAAAGUUUGUCAUUGCGUGCCCUUAUGGUGUGAUAUAUCAUUUUUCAUUGACAAGGUGCAACAAGAAAGUCAAUGGAUACCUAGGUGUAAGAUUUAUGAAUUGCAAAUGAUGGGUGUUAUGGAGAAUGAAGCCAGUGACGCUAGAAUCCCCAGGUUACAUUUAAACAAUUACGGUAAAACGUUGGUAGAAAUUAUGGAUGAGUACGAUAGUGCUGUUUUCAAACCGAUAAAACGCAUACCCAAGCCAGCACAAGUAGAGUUUAAACAGGUAAAGCCAAAAUUUCAAGCUCCCGAGUUGAAAAAUGCCACCGCAACACUUUCUUUAAUGUUUGAGAAUAAGCCCUUGUUACAACCUAGCAAUUCUUCGACAAUUUCAUUAGCCACGGGGACCGUUGCUAAUCCAUCAAAAGAUACAUCAGCCCUUUCUUCAUUGUAUUAUAUUAAUAAGAACAGCGAAGAAAUUAAAUCUCCUGCACCUUCAGUAAGAAGUGAAACUCCAGUGUCUACUAUAAGAGCCAUAGAUAGUUAUCGAAAAUCAGCUGGAUCACCUAGAUUGAUCAGAGGAGAAACAAUGUUCAAAAGGAAAGAAGAAAUACCAAAUACUGAACCACCUUCAGCUUUGAGUGAGAAAAACGCAGCUUCAGCUAGAAAGAAAUCAUCAAUUUUAGCAGAACCAGAACAAGAAAUUUCAACAGGAUCGUUUUGGAUAGAAAUUUCUAACCCGUCACAAGAAACCACCACCAAUGUACUCCAGAGGUCUCAAAGCAGUCGAUGGAGUAAUAUAUUUCCUAACAAGAUACAAAGAAAGUUGAUCAAAUGGAGAUCGUUCCAGGCACCAGCAUCACUUCCGACAACAACAGGUGUAUUCCCGUCAACAAAUCAACUUCAAACUGAUUACACAUUCCAAAUUUAUACUGUUUUUCUCAACUCUGAUAAUUAUUGGGAAUUAAAAUCGACACAUUCCUUAAUGAGAGAAAUGAUUCAAUUAAGAUUGAUGUUAGGGUUCCAGGUUUGUUAUGGUGAAAGAGUUGACAAAGCUGAAGCCGAAAGAAAACCUUCUGGAAAUGUUGAUGCAAUAAUUAAAUAUUUCCCUGAGGAGCACAACUAUCUUGGGUCAAGGAUAUACUUAGCGUUUGGUGAUGAGAUACAUCGUAUAUUUUGCGACUAUAAUGGCAAUAUUAAUGUUCAACUAUACAGAAAAAUCAUCGAAAACGAUGAGAAAAAGAUAACUUUAGGACAAACAAAACUCAAACCCUAUUUCCCACUUAUAAGAACAAGGUAUACUGACGAGUAUACACCUGCUAGAAUAGAUGCAAUUGCCGACAAUCCACAAAAAUUUAACUGGAAUCAGUUUGAUCAAUUAUUGGCCGGGUUUGAUGAUGCUAUGCCAGAAGAGAAAAAGCAAUUUCACAAAAUGAAAUUCGUAGUAAUGCCUACCGAUAUCCCCAAAAAUGCAUAUUUUGUAAGCAAUGAAAAAUUAACACCAGAAGAAAUUAGAGUAGAAGGUUUACGAAAAUUGAUUGGGGUUAUAGAAAGAGGCAAAUACAAACAUGAUUCGUCUCAAAAGAAAAAGUCUCGCCGUGGAUCCGAUGUUAUUUUUUAUACUGGCAAUUUAUAUGAUUUUUUGAACGAAGAAGCUCAAAACUAUGAUAUCACAGGGACACAACCGGCUUUGAUGAUUCCAGAAUCGUCAAGAUUUAAUAAAACAAUAAAAUUACCCGACUUGGCACAAGAGCUUCAAGAUCGAAAUACUGGUUUAACGUUGGUUGACCGAACAUGGCAUUUCAAAAGGCACUUGCAUUGCUUUGUUGGAAGCGAAUUGGUAUCCUGGUUAGUAGAUUGUUUUGAAGAUAUUGAGACACGCGAAGACGCCACAACUUAUGGACAAAACUUAAUGAACAAAGGGUUAUUCAAACAUGUUGAGCUGCGACAUGGACUUUUAGAUGGUCAUUUUUUUUACGAGUUUCUGGACGAGUAUGUUGACAAGACAGAUCGAGAAAAACCUUCUUGGUUUGGAUCUAAGAAAAUUGAUGGAGCUAGUACUCCACAAAGCAAUUCCUCUCCAAGGAUAGCGGGACAAAAUGAUUUACAAAAAAUAAUUUCAGCCCUGAAUCUUAGAUCUGAGACGUCAUCAACAACUGAUUCUAUGGGUCGGAAACGUAAGAAGUUUAUUUUAAGUCGAUCUGUGAAAUUUGAUGUCGACCCUUUAAAGAAAUCAUUCCGUCCAGAGUUUGUUACAGUUCACUAUGACAGAGUUCAUAACCCUGAACAUUGCUAUCAUAUAAGAUUACAGUGGUUGAAUGCAACCACCAAAUUUAUUGAAGAUACUAUUACUGCUUGGACAAGAUUGUGCGAACGUCAUGGAUUGAAAUUAGUGGAGACUCCGUGGAAUGAGUUAUGCUCUCUUCCAAAACUUAGUCCAUUCCAUUCUUUUGUUGACAUAAAAUUGCUGGUUAAUCCAUGGACAGACCCGGACCUUUGUGACGAUCGUAUAUUGUCAUCCAACAGAUAUUAUUAUCACUCAUAUUUCCUAAAACAAAUGGGAUACUAUUUGGACAACCGAUCUACAUCUUUUUUUCUGCGUGAAAACAUCGACAUUGGCUAUAGUUGGGGGAAACCUACUUUUAGAUAUGCACAAUUUAUUCACAAGACUGGAUUUUACAUUGUGGAGUUGAGAGAUAAUGGUGAUUUCUUUUUGGCACCAAAUAAUAUGCAUCUCACACGGGUAAGAUCGUCUACUACAUUGGUUGGAGACUAUGAAAAUUAUUCUAAAGGUGUCCUUGCUGAUUCGCAAACAGUGAUGCUUAAUUUUAGAGCGGCUUGUCAAAACAAAGAAUUUUUGAAAGAAACUUUUACAUUAGCUAAAUCCAAUUGGAAGGAUGAUUACUUUUCACAGAUUAUAUAG